AGACAGACAGACAGACAGACAGACAGACCGACAUGAAGUCGGUGUUGCUGCUGCUGUUGAUCUGGACAUGGACGAGCUCAGCGUUGGUCAGGGUGCCUCUGAGGCGCGUGCCUUCGAUUCGCUCUCAGCUCCGCGCUGAAGGUCUGCUGCAGGACUUCCUGAAGGAGCAUCGACCCGACAUGUUCGGGCGGCACUACGCUCAGUGCUACCCCCCCGGGACCCCCUCCCUGAGGCUCGGACGAUCCAGUGAGAAGAUCUACAACUUCAUGGACGCUCAGUAUUACGGUGAAAUCACGUUGGGGACCCCAGGGCAAAACUUCUCUGUGGUCUUUGACACCGGAUCGUCUGAUCUCUGGGUGCCUUCGACCUACUGCGUCAGCCAAGCCUGUGCGAUGCACAGGCGUUUCUGGGCGUUCGAAUCCACUUCUUUCCACCAUGACGGUCGGAUGUUUGGGAUAAACUACGGGUCGGGACACCUGCUGGGGGUCAUGGCCAGAGACACCCUGAAGGUCGCUGGUCUGACCGCUGAGAACCAGGAGUUUGGGGAGUCGGUCUAUGAACCCGGCUCUGCAUUUGUAAUGGCGAGGUUCGAUGGGGUUCUGGGGAUGGGUUACCCGUCCCUGGCAGAGAUCCUCGGAAACCCCGUCUUUGACAACAUGCUGGCCCAGAAGAUUCUGGACCAGCCUGUCUUCUCCUUCUUCCUCAGCAGGAAAACAAGUAGUGGAAACCCCGAAGGCGAACUGUUGCUGGGCGGAAUAGACGAGGCGUUGUACAGCGGACCAAUCAACUGGCUCCCUGUGACUGCUAAGGGCUACUGGCAGAUUAAGAUGGACAGCAUCGUGGUGCAGGGUGUGAGCCCCUUCUGUCCUCAUGGUUGUCAGGCCAUUGUCGAUACCGGAACCUCUCUCAUCGGCGGGCCGACCAAUGACAUCCUCAACAUCCAGCAGCUGAUCGGAGCCUCGCCCACUAACAUCGGAGAGUUCGUUGUCGACUGUGCCAGGUUGUCCAGUUUGCCUCACGUCACAUUCGUCCUCAGAGGAAAGGAGUACACCCUGAGUUCUGAGCACUACGUCAGGAAGGAGAUGCUCGGCGACAGGGAGUUGUGCUUCAGUGGUUUCCAGGCCGUGGACAUGGUUUCCCCCGAAGGCCCGCUGUGGAUUCUGGGAGAUGUAUUUCUGACCCAGUUCUACAGCGUCUUCGACAGAGGACAGGACCGGGUCGGCUUCGCCACUGCUAAACAACCCAUCGAACUUAAUUAAUCAAUAGCUGACAACUGCAUCAGCAAUAAAUUCUAUACAAUCAA